CGCGGAAUGAAAACGAUGAGGACCGGACUGCCCAUGGGGUUGCUGUUGUGUUCUGACGUGGGGAACCGCGAUGUUUUCGCGAUCCGCCAGCGGAAUUUGCCGCUCCACAAGAUCGGGCGCGGGGGAACCGAGGCCCCUGUCAGGAAUUGUUGGAAGCCUUGGAUAGCCGUAAACCUCAAAUUUUUGCCAACUCUGAUGCUACGGCUCCUGGAAGCACUUCUCAUACCGGCUGCGACACGAUGAACGAAACGAAAGGCACCAAUGGCAGUCCAACAGGUCCCAAACUCCUGUGGGAGCAUCCUUCUCCAAAAACGACACCCAUGUACCAGUUCCUCAAAUUGGUGAAUGAGACACAUAAUCUGCGGCUUUCCAACUACUCGGAGUUACACGCAUGGAGUAUCAACAAUGUCAACAGCUUCUGGCAAAGAGCCUGGGAUUUCGUGGGUAUCAGGCACCAAGGAACCCCAACAUCAGCUGUGGAUGACGACGCGCCCAUGUUUCCUCGUCCAGCUUUCUUCCCGGGAGCAACACUCAACUUCGCCGAGAACCUCCUGUUCCCCACCACUACAGUCGAUCCUUCCUCACCUGCUGUUAUCGCCGCAACAGAAACCACAAGGGAGACUGUGACAUGGCAGGAGCUCAGGGACAGAGUAAAGCUGUGCCAAGCCGGAAUGAUACAUCUGGGCCUCAAGGAAGGCGAUCGAGUGGCUGGCUAUGUCGCGAACCACACAAGCGCCUUGGUAGCAAUGCUAGCUGCGACGUCGCUGGGAGCAGUGUGGACAGCAGUCAGCCCAGAUACAGGCGUCCACGCUGUGCUCGAUAGAUUACGUCAGAUCGAGCCGGCUUUGCUCUUUGCAGACAACGCUGCCUUCUACAACGGCCGCAGCCAUCCAGUACUACCCAAGGUUGCCGACAUUGCGCGGGACCUGCCAUCUCUCCAAGCUGUUGUUAUCUUCCCUACUGUAGCCUCAGUACAGUUCGAUGUCACCUCCAUUCCUGUAAAAUCUGGCAAAACCUACGAUUACGCAACAUUUACAGCACUGAAGUCAAUGUCAGAGCUUGUCUUCAAGCAAUUGCCGCCAGACCAUCCGGUAUAUAUCUUGUAUUCAAGUGGCACGACAGGUGCACCCAAAUGUAUUGUCCAUGGAGCCAUCGGUACACUCCUCCAACACAAGAAAGAGCACAUUAUUCACUGCUCGAUGACACUCCGAUCACGGCUCUUCUAUUUUACAACAUGUACGUGGAUGAUGUGGCAUUGGUUGGUCAGUGGACUGGCAUCAGGGGCUACAUUGGUACUCUAUGAUGGUUCUCCAUUCCGCUAUGUAGACAAGUCCGACCCGUCAACUUCCGUUGCAGACGACCUAGCGAUGCAUCGUCUGAUAGAUGAGUUCGGCAUCACCCACUUCGGCACAUCCGCAAAGUACCUAUCCAUUCUAGAGCAAAAGUCCGUUGACCCAUCCGCUGCUGGACUUGUCAUGGACAAAUUGGAGGCGAUCUAUUCCACAGGUUCGCCACUCGCCCCUUCGACGUUCUCUUAUGUAUAUUCCGCCUUCCCCUCGACCAUCAACCUAGGCAGCAUUACCGGCGGUACGGAUAUCAUUUCAUUGUUUGGCGCACCGAACCCACUUCUACCCGUCUAUGAAGGCGAAAUCCAAGGCGCUGGUUUAGGCAUGGCGAUCGCUGCGUAUGACUACACAGGUGCCGACGUCUCAGCCUCGGGCGAACCGGGCGACUUGGUCUGUACCAAACCCUUCAUAUGUCAACCUGUGGCGUUUUGGGGACCAGAAGGAGAUUCAAAGUACUGGAAGUCAUAUUUUGACAAGUUCACGAACGAAAAAAAGCAGCCCAUCUGGCAUCACGGCGACUUUGUGCGCUUCAAUCCCGCCACUGGUGGGCUGUGGAUGCUCGGACGCAGUGACGGUAUACUCAAACCUGCAGGCGUACGCUUUGGAUCAGCUGAGAUAUACAAUGUGGUGCUCCAACAUUUCCCUGAAGAUGUGGCAGAUGCGCUUUGCAUUGGGCGAAGGAGAGAGUCUGAUACAGAUGAGACGGUCGUGCUUUUCCUGAAGAUGGCAGAAGGCCGUCAAAUUUCUGACAAUCUUGUUGGAAAAAUAAAGACAACGAUCAAACAAGCACUCAGUGCGCGCCAUGUUCCCGCUGUCGUGGACGAAUGUCCAGAGAUACCUGUUACCACUAACGGGAAAAAGGUAGAAGGAGCUGUCAAGCAAAUACUUUGCGGACUCAAUGUUAAGACGAGCGCGAGCGUAGCCAACGCCGAAUGUCUGGACUUUUACCGGGACUGGGCAAGGACGCAUUGAUCGUUCAGUUGAGGUUACUCUGCCCUAUACUGAACGCUGUGCAAUGUUCCCAUCCCACCUACCAAUUACCUGUCUGGCUUGAAAAACAGCGUCCAGCCGCUGAUGGCAGUGAUUCAGGUGUAAUCAACGAGUCAGAGCCGCGUCCAGGAAUCUCCCGACUAGCAAGCCUCACUUCAACUGCAACCAGGCCAGCCCGUCACACGUUAGAUGCUCGGGGUCGAGCUUAGUUACACAGUGUUGUAAGGUGCAGGCAAAAGGACAGCGCUAGCAGAUCCAUUCGGCCACAAUUAACACCUCGUACUAUCUGAACUACUCACGAGCUUACGCUCUU